AAUAGAGCUCGUUAGUGCAGUGAAGCACCACACCCACCUUUUGAUCUGCAUUACCUAUUAAUUUGUGUAAAGCCUAGACAAAAAUCAAGCUAGAGCUAGCUAGUAGAGUUAGUUCUAUUUUACAGUCUGUGCACACAAUCAAACGGCGACAGAUUUAUAAGAGCUUCAGAACACACCAAUCUGUCUCCUUCAAAGGCCCAGCUAAUUGAACGCAAUUAAUAAUUUGUGGUAACCAGUGGUGAUUUCAAAAUGGCUUGCGGUUUCGACUGUAAUGCUACGAUGGUGAUGCUGGAGAUGCUGGAGGACCAGAAUCGAGAUAUUUGUAACUACCUCGGCGAAGCAAUGGUGGCUGGAUGUCAACCGGAUGUUCUCGAUAACAUUACAGCACUCUACAAUCAAAACUGUACUAGUCCAAUCGGAGUAAAUGUAGAAAGAGGAUUUACGGCAGUUUUAAUCUUUGUUGUGUCACUCAUUGGAAACACUUGUACAAUCGCUUUGCUUUCAAAAUUUAAGAUACACAAGAUUCCAGAUGUCCUUGUUGUAGGGCUUGCCAUAACUGACCUUGUUGCAGCAACUAUUCCUGUGCCCUUCUCAAUAUACGCUUAUUUCUCAGGGUUCCGAUUUAUGCACAACAGUGCAGAGUGUAUAAUCUACGCUACUGUGGCCCAGUUCACUCGCUACGCAUCAGUACUGAUCGUUACGAUAGUAUCCAUCGAACGAUACCUUGCUGUGAUACAUCCAUUCUUCUACCGGAGACAUGCCACUCCGAAAAAAGUUGCAGUGAUUCUGGUAUUCUGUUGGUUGGCUGCAAUUGCUCUGAGUAUUGUUCCCGCACUGGACCCCUGCACUAGUAUUCUUCCCCAUGAAGGAUUUUGCUUGUUCGAUGUCGACAGUGAUUAUGCCUAUUCAAUCAUUGUGUACGGUGCAGUGCAGUACAUUAUCGUUCUGUUCUGCUUUGUUGCCGUGUCAGUGCAGCUGUCUCUAGUGUACAGACGGAGACAGAGGCUCAGAGUACAGGACAAGUAUAACAAGCAGUCCAAUGCUCAGGACCGACAGCAUGAGGUCAAGUUCAGCAAGCCCAACCUCACUACCAGGAUCAGUGAUCUGAGCAAGUCCCUGCGUAAGGCCGCUCCUCUGGUAGUUGAGAAGUUCCAAUUUGGAGUGGAGGCUCAGUUUGCAGUCAUGUUGUUUGCGGUCGUCUUUCUCUUCUACCUCACCUGGACAGCCAUUCUUGUAGUCAUUAUCAUCGCAGAAGUGCAAGACUCUUCAGAGGGUCUUGAGGAUGCCAUAUUUUGGGGAAUUCGUUUCUCAGUGAUUGCUACAGCCAUAAAUCCCCUUCUGUACGGUAUUCUUGCCAGACAGUACCGAUUGGCCUACUGGUAUGUGAUCAAACUAGUGCUGAGCAAGUGCUGCAGGUGUGUGUCUCCACCACUCAAGGAUGUGUUUGCUGCCGCCCGUGCACCUGCCGGGGACGUUCGCUCAGAAAACAGUGAGUACAAUCGCAGGAAGAGGUUCAGACAACAGGAUGGAAGUGUGGGAAGACAGAGCAUUGGCACAGAGAGCACGUGGAGCAAAUCAACGGCCGUCCUCACACGUACAACAGCUCACACUCACCUCACAAACGGGAGAGACCUCGAAGCCAUUGAAGAGUUGGACUAUUCCUGCAACAACCCUGACUCGGUCAUCGAGGAGCACUCCACAUACGUCAACUCGGCCGGGGAGCUUGCUUCCACCGUCAUCAUCCCUCAUCAAGGCCGAGAAAAAAACAGCGAGACUGACCUCACAAGGAACACAUUACGUGCGACAGCCUCGCUGGAUAAUCUGGUGGACGGACUGAUAUCUGAUUUUGGGUACAGCCAGGAUGUCCAGGUAGGUGUGGAGAACCCUCUGGUGAACGUCUUAGCAGAGGGUGAGGAGAUGUCAUCCUCAGAGCAAGGAUCGACCACAGAGGAUGGCUUUCAGAUUGGGAGACUCUACUCCAACCCAGUCUACCAGAUUGAGCUGGCUCGUCGACAGCGAGAGUCCCAAGUCCUCUCUUCCCUUGUGGCCGCCUCCUCUGCCGAUGACAUCACUCUCGUUUCUAAGGUCCCUCUACACAAGCCAGCUGUUAACUCCACCCUCACAACCACUAGUGCUACUCUUCCCAAUAACCACCCUAUGUCAAAGUCCAUGGAUCAAAUUGCUCCUGAAGGAUCACAGACUUGGUUGACGCGUACCAAUACUAACGAAGGCAAUAAAGACAGUGAAGAAGUGCCAGCAAAGGAAGUAAAGGACGAAAAAGUACAUUUGGAAGACAAAAGAUUGGAUCACAUGAAACGACUACAGCCCCUCUCACGGUCCCAAGAAUUUGAUGUUCAUGCCGCCACCGGUCAGAGGAGACCCAAGACAAUCGAGCCCGUGUCUAAUGGAGUAAAUGUGCUUCGUAUGAAGUAUGAAUCUUCCAAACCCCAGGCUGCACAUAUCCCGCCCACCUUACACCCCACACGCAUUACACCCUCGCUGCAGCCCAACGGGAAGUCGGGUCGCUGUAACUCUGUCGGGAACUCAGACUCUGGCAGAGAAAGCAUGGUCUUAGAGACUGAUGUAUGAGUAUAUGCAUGCAUGUGUGUGUGUGUGUGUGUUCUGGUUGUGUCAGGUGUUCUGUAUAAUAGUUACAUGUAUCCAGCUGUUCACUUCUACUUUCUAAUAAUGCUAAUGCACUUUUUGUAUUAUUAAUUUUCUUCGAAAAUAAAAUAUUAUAUUAAUUUGA